ACUCCUUCUCCACGUCUCCACGCUGCUGGGGAGCGGGACAGUGAAGCAUGUUGCUCCGGGCCGCCCUGGCGGCGCUGCGGCGGGUGGAGCCGGUCAUCGUGCUGGAGCAGCUGGGCAGCACCUUCUUCGACACGGCCCUGCAGAUGGUGGUGAGAGACCGCUGUGCCAACGCCACGGACCCGGGCCGGUCCAGGGAGGACAGCCAGCAGAAAGCCAUGACGGACUUCUUCAUGACCUACAACCUCAUCCUCCGCCUGACCCCCAUCCUGCCGUCGCUGCUGCUGGCCAGACUCAGCGACCGCGGCUGGAGGAGAGCCCCCGUGGUGUCGUCCCUGUGCGGGUACCUGCUGUCCAGGCUCGGCCUGCUGCUCGUGGUCGUGUUCAGCCUCCCGCUGCAGCUCAUGCUGGGGGCCGCCGCUCUGUUCGGCCUCAGCGGCGGAUACAGCGCCUUCUGGUCCGGGGUGAUGACCCUGGUGGCGCUGCGCUCCUCGGCCGGGGACCGAGCCAAGGCGAUGAUGAGGGUGGAGCUGCUGUACGGGUUGGCAGGUCUGGUGGGCAGCCUGGUGUCGGGUCAUCUGUUCCAGCUGUACACCGCCAGUCUGGGACACGGCACCAUUCUCCUCAUCGUGGGCACGCUGCUGAACCUGCUUUGCCUCAUACUCGCUAUUGUCCUGCUUCAGGUGAAACAUGUGAGCAGCGAGGAGCCAGAGGAGAAGAGCCUCCUUCCUCCCACCUCCUCUAACGCUACUGCUGUCGAGGCUUCUGUCAGCACAAACCUGGUGAACAUAGUUCUGCUUUUUGUGGCUGCGUUCCUGUACGACUUCGCCGUGGGUGGAGCUAUAGGAAUGCUAGGCCCCUUCACGCUGAAAGCGCCGCUCAGCUGGAGUCCAACACAAGUGGGUUAUGGGAAUGCAGCGGGCUGCAUGAUUUUCCUCACCAGUUACAUUGGGGUCAUUUUGUUCCGUCGAUGCAUCAGCGACGAAGCCAUGAUCCUCAUUGGUAUGCUGUCAUUCGCCUCGGGCAUCUAUUUGAUGGCCUUCGCAACAACAACAUAUAUCUUCUACAUCGCUCGGAUACUCAACCUGUUUGCACUGAUCCCGCUGCCCACGAUCAGGUCUCUGCUCUCACAGCAGGUCCAACCAUCCUCAUGUGGUACUGCUCUCACUCUCCUGCAGUUGACUCUGAAGUUCGCUGGUCUGGCGUACAUCCCUGCUUUCACUAAGCUCUAUCAGAACACCCUGGACUGGUUCCCAGGCUUCAUUUUCCUGCUUUCCAGCAUCUUCACAGUGCUUGGAAUGAUACCCAUCAGUAUUUUAGGAUGGAGAUCAGCUGGGGGAAAGUGCCACGUGAGGACUCAAGGAGGGAAGCAGCCACGUUGUCAUUUGGAGGAAGUUCCUGCUGGUACUAGUCAGACGGGAACUGAGACUUGAGGUGCUGAAAAAGUCAACACUGCCUUUAAAGUUCCGUCCUCUGUUGUUGGGGCAGAGUAAUGUUUGAUGUUUAUAUGAAUGUUUUCAUCGUUAAAUACAACUGUAAUGCACUGGAAGGAGGCCAGCGAGGAUGGGUGACAUGGGGGUUUCUGUGAAAAUAUUGAACUAUUGACAGAGGCAAGCAGAUGUCUGAGGGAUUUCAUCAGCCGCUCCAAUUUGUUUCAGGUUCAGCAAAAAACACUCAUUUGAUG